UCAUGUUUGGAGGAGGACGAGGAGGGCGAGGAGGAGGAGAACUGCAAGAAUUGGGUGUUCUGCCAAUUCAUCCCUAUCAAGCCUCGUAUCAGCAGAUGCUCCUACCUCACCCUCAGCAAGGGAUGGUUGAGGGCCCAGCUAGUUUUCCUAUCCAGGUCCAAGAAUACCGUCGCCCUUCCAUUGUUUUGCCUUCUGAUCUUAAACCACGCCUGCGAUGGUCACCAGAACUUCACACUCUUUUUGUUGAUGCUGUUAAUCAGCUUGGCGGCCAUGAAAAAGCCACCCCCAAGGCUAUCAUGAAGAUAAUGGCUGUAAGGGGAUUGACUCUUUACCACUUGAAGAGCCAUUUACAGAAGUAUAGGAUGAGAAUGCUUUCAGUAAUUAAGGAGGCAACUAGAAGGACAUCCCAACAAGCAGAGAAACAACGCAAAAAAGGAGGAACUUCAUCAUCCUCACUCCCAGAAGAUAAGAAUGAGGUUCACAAAAGUGAAGAGGAAGGGAAGAAUAAAAUUGUGCAUGACUCGGAGGUUGACCCUGCAAUUGUAUAUUUGAAUUUGGAUGAUAAAGGGGAUGAUGAUACAGACAUUGCCAUGGCAACCGUCAACCUCCCUGGGGUCAAUAUUGAGUCUCCAUAGGAGGAACUAGAUGACUGAAUUAUUAGAGUGGUUAUCGAAAAGAAUUAUAGUUUAAAAUAGAGAUUUUUUCUUCUUCUUUUCU